ACUCCCUUCACCUUUGACUCUCUCUCUCUCUCUCUUCUCCGCACCCCCACACUCCUCCGAUGGACUCCACCGCACCGGACCGCCCCCCGCCUCCGUCCGACGAGCCCGAUCCGUCUCCCACCGACUUCUCCGCUUCCCGCGCCGGUGGGGCCAAGUACAAGCUCAUGCCGCCGGCCAAGCUCCCGAUCUCGAGGUCCCCCUGCCUCACCAUCCCUCCCGGACUCACUCCGACGUCCUUUCUCGAGUCGCCGGUGCUCCUCUCCAACAUGAAGGCAGAACCUUCUCCAACUACUGGGUCCUUUCUGAAUCCUAGAAUGGUCUAUGGUACUGCGAAUUCUACUUAUUCAGGGACUGUGGUUUGCUCAGAUGAAAGAAAUUCUGGAAGUUUCGAGUUUAAGCCCCAUUCUAGACUGAAUAUGGUUACCACAGAUUAUGAUGAGCAGGCUGUGCAAGUCCGAGGUCAAGGUCAAGGUCAAGGUCAAGGUCAAGGUCAAGGUCAAGGUCAGUCUCAAUCACAUGUGUCACCACCUUUGGUUAAAAGUGAGAUGGCAGGCUCCUCAAAUCAAUCAGGAUUAUCAGCUCCUACCCAUAUGGUCUCUUCAAGAGCUAGUGCACCUGCUGAAGGUGAUGCAGAUGAUACAAGUCUGAGGGGAAAUCCAAAUUCUGGUGUCCAAACAUCACAGCUUGACCAUAAAGGAAGUGGCACUUCAGUAUCUUCUGAUGAUGGCUAUAACUGGCGAAAAUAUGGACAAAAACAUGUUAAAGGAAGUGAAUUUCCUCGCAGUUAUUACAAAUGUACACAUCCCAACUGCGAAGUGAAGAAACUGUUUGAGCGAUCUCAUGAGGGACAUAUAACAGAGAUUAUCUACAAGGGUACACAUGAUCACCCAAAGCCUCAACCUAGUCGACGAUAUAAUACUGGUGCUAUGAUGAAUGUCCAGGAAGAAAGAUCUGACAAGGCUUUAUCUUUGAGUGGCCGAGAUGACAAGUCAUCCAGUAUGCAUGGGCAAAUGUCUAGUACCAAUGAGCCAAGUAGUACUCCUGACCUGUCCCCUGUCAGAGGAAAUGAUGGUAGUGUUGAAGGAACAGGCUCACUAGCAACUAGAAUACUCGAUGAGGUCGAUGAUGAUGACCCAUUCUCUAAAAGGAGGAGGAUGGAUGCUGGUGGGUUUGAUGUAACACCAGUUGUUAAGCCUAUCCGGGAACCACGAGUUGUUGUGCAAACUCUGAGUGAGGUUGAUAUCUUGGAUGAUGGUUACCGCUGGCGUAAAUAUGGACAGAAAGUUGUGAGGGGAAAUCCCAAUCCAAGGAGCUAUUACAAGUGCACAAAUGCUGGAUGUCCUGUUAGGAAACAUGUGGAGAGGGCAUCCCAUGAUCCGAAAGCAGUUAUAACUACAUAUGAGGGAAAACAUAAUCAUGAUGUCCCAACCGCAAGGAAUAGUAGCCAUGACAGUUCGGGACCAGCAAACUUGAACGCCCCUUUGAGGAUUAGAACAGAAGAAAAUGACACCAUAAGCCUUGAUCUUGGUGUUGGAAUGAGCUCUGCUACUGAGAAUAGAUCCAAUAAUCACCUGCAAUUGCACUCUGAACUAGCUGAAAGACAAAGUUAUCCCAAUUCCAGUUUUAAGACAGUUCAAACUACCCCUGUUCAAUCAUACUAUGGUGGUCUAAAUAGUGGCAUGAAUCAGUAUGGAUCUAGAGAAAACCAAAGUGACAUUCCACCUUUAAAUCAUUCCUCUUAUCCAUAUCCACAGAACAUGGGAAGAGUACUAACAGGUCCGUAGGAUUGCUUAAGAUUAUGGCAGGAAAAAAUAAGCUGCUUUCCCCCUUCUUUUUGGAUGGGCAAUGUUCAAAAAGGGCAUCUCAAUUGAAAGUUCGUAUUGUUCUUCUCUGUCUAUUCCAAAGAUGUGGUAUUAGGUGCCUGCUUGUGAAAUGACUACCCUCUUCCAGGGAUUGAAUGUGCAACAUUAACUUGUAAGGGAAUACCAUGUACAUAUAGGAAUUGAUACUGGGAUUAUAUUGAGUCUCUAACUGCCUAUUGUAAUUCAGAUGCUAAAAUUAAAUUUAUAUGAAAAUUUUGUUUCAUCUA